AUGACAUUAACAUUUGUUGUACCAUAUGUUUCACUUCAAACUCUUAACCAACUAUACCCAUUAGAAAAGAUUAAACUUUUACAAUCAUGGAAACUUGAUUGUUUGGAUCCUGUAAUCAGUCGUGAUAUUGUUAAAAGACUUGAAGCAAAUGACUUGUUUAUCAAGCGUGAAAAGGUAUUCAAACUAUGUCAUGGUAAUCUUGGUGCCUUUGUCUCCACAAUGUCUCAAUAUCCAAUGGCUUUCGAAGGUCAAUUACAAGUAAUGUGGAAUGUGAUUAUGGAAUUUAGAGAGGCUAAUGAAGUACUUAGAGUAUGUAAAGCCAAGUUAUCAGACAGAGGAAUCAAAAAGUUGUUUACUCAAAACACAAAGUAUAACAAGGGUAAUUGGAAUGGUACCAAGAUUCGUGAAACUACGAUCAAGAAAGCUAAGGUCAACUCGAAACAAGGUCCAACAAAGAAAUCAAAGGUUGGUGCCAUUGAUUCUACUUCUACCACUACUACUACUACUGCUGCUGCAUCCAAUCUAUUGGAAAUGACUCCAAUUCCAGGUAUGGGAAUGCCAAUCCAAGUCGACUUGGAAGAUGAUGAAGAUGAAGAAGGUUCUGAAGAAGAACAAGAUGAAAGUGAGUAUGAAGAGGAGGAUGAUGAUGAAGAGUUCAGCGAAGAUGAAGAGGAAGAGGAAGAGGAGGAAGAAGUUGUUGGUACUCUUGUACAACAAUCACAUCAACAACAAUCUCUUGUUCAACAACCAUUAUUGGUCGAACAACAACAACAACAACAACAACAACAAUCUGUUCAACCACAACAACUACAACAACAAGAAUACCAACAAGUAUAUCAUUACCAACAUCCAAUGGUACAACAACAACAACAACAACCAAAUGUAUACCACCAAAAUCAAAUACCAAUCAUCUCUGAAGAUGAUGCAUACAGUCGUUUAACACCAUCCGAGCAACUUGCUCUUAACAGUUUAAAUGCUGGUUUCUAUUCUUCCAAUAUGACUGCUGCCAUGUACAAUCCAUACUACACUGCUGUAGUUCCAAAUGUUCAACUUUAUUCUGCUCAUCAACAACAUCAACAUCAACCAGCCAACUAUGGUGUACCAUACCAAUCAUACCAAUACUCAAACCAACAGCCAGUUUAUACUGCAUUCCAGCAACCAGUACAACAGCAACCAGUUCAACAACAGCAACCAGUUCAACAACAACAACCACCACAACAAAUAGAGAGUAGGAGUAGGAGAAGGAGAAGUAAGAUGAGUGCACUUUCAAUAUUAUCAGCUAUAAUAGGUUGGACAUACUUUGCUUGUUGGAGUUUAUCAUUCUAUCCACAAGUUGUACUCAAUUAUAAAAGGAAAUCAGUAUUAGGGUUAUCAUUUGAUUUCUUACUCUUUAAUAUUACAGGUUAUAUAUGUUAUUCAGUGUUUAAUAGUGUUUUAUAUUUCAGUCCUGUUGUUCAGGAUGAAUACCUUGCAAAGUAUUCACCACCAAUCCCUGUUCAACCAAAUGAUAUAGCAUUUGCAAUUCAUGGACUUAUACUUACAGUGGUGACAGUAGUACAAUGUUUUAUGUAUGAACGUGGAGACCAAAAGAAUUCAAUCUAUUCGAUAGGUAUUGGAAUUGCGAUUUGGGCGUCGAUUAUAGUAGUGAUUGGUCUUGGAUCUGCAAACACUAUCACUUGGUUGUGGGUGAUCAACUAUCUAAGCUAUGUAAAAUUAUUCAUCACAUUUAUCAAAUACGUUCCACAGGCCUACAUUAAUUACAAACGAAAGAGUACGGUUGGAUGGAGUAUUGGAAAUGUAUUAUUAGAUUUCUCUGGUGAUAAUUGGAAAGUAUUUAUUGGUGAUCCAGUUAAAUUUGGAUUAUCAAUGUUUAGUAUAGCAUUUGAUAUAUUGUUUAUGAUUCAACAUUAUCUACUUUACAAAAAUAGACAUACUGGAUACCAAAGUCUUCAAUCACCAGACAUUCACAAAAACAACGAAACUGUUAUAAAUAGCGAUAGUGGAUUUAUCAAUGAAUCAAUCGUUUCACCAUCUCCUAUCGUCGAGGAAAUUAAAGUUCCAGAUUAUUAA